GGUCACGUGGUUCCUGGGACACCGUAAGGGGAAGUAAUCAUGUCGACUGCAAUGAAUUUUGGAACUAAAUCAUUUAAAGCGCGUCCCCCCGACAAGGGCUCGUUUCCUUUAGAUCACUUCGGAGAGUGUAAGUCUUUCAAAGAUAAGUUCAUGAAGUGCCUGAAGGACAGCGGCUAUGACAGCUCCUCGUGCCGACUACAAUCCAAAGAGUAUCUGGAAUGCAGGAUGGAAAGGCAGCUGAUGGCCAGAGAACCUCUGGAGAGGCUGGGAUUUAAAGACCUGCUGGAUCCCAGUGAGGAAUCUAAGGACACCAAACCCUGAGGAGAGACCUGCUGCCAGCCCAUAAUAUUCUCACAUUACCAUUCCUGUUCAGACAAAGCCUUGCUGUGCUGACAGAGAAAUGUCACAAUGUUUUUGGUCAUUCUAUGGCCAGCCUGUACAAAAUUUAAAUUCAAUGAAUGUGUGUUUGCUGUGUGUGAAUGUUUAUAAAUAUUUUGGUAACUGAUUUCUGUUUUUUGGGUCUCUAAUGUCAUGGCGGGGUUUAACAGCUCUGCAGUGGUGUCAGGUUAGAGUGAGAUUGAGACUUGUGGCUGGGUUUGAAUUUA